CUGGACUCGUGAAACCAUUAAAAAUAGAGACAAGUGUUUGUCCCAAUCUCGCUGGUUCUUUGCGACCACUUUUGUCAGGUGUUCCUUUAUGGUCUUAUUAAGUCGUUCUACCAUGCCACCAGACUGUGGAUGUAAAGGUGUUGUCCUUGUCUUACGAAUACCCAUGAUCUCACAAAUUUUCUUGAAAAUGGCAGAAUCGAAGUUUCGUCCAUGACGACUAAAAACUUCGCCCAAUGGGCAAUAAUGAUGGCUUCUUGAUUGGGAAUAGCGAAAACUUCUGGCCGUUUACUGAAGUAAUCCAUGAUAACCAAGAUCUAUUUAUUACCACGCUCUAACUCGGGGAAUGGUCCUGCGACACCUGUGCUACCAGUAAAGGCCCUAAGGAUCAACAAAAAUCCAUGGCGUUGGCUUUGCUAUUAACACCAGCCUUAUGCCUAGACUGACUGAACUGCCCAUGGUAUAUCAGAACGUUUAAUGACGCUAAAGUAUCAGUUGCAAGACCAAAGCUUUGUUCACAUAUUCAGUGUUUACGCACCAACUUUGAAUUCUGAGCAACAAACUAAAGAAACCUUUUACGAACAGCUUGAACAUGUACUCAGACACAUUCCAAAAAGCCACCGAAUAAUCCUGUUGGGUGACCUUAAUGCAAGAGUAGGCAAAAAUUUUAAUAUCUGGCCUAAUGUAAUUGGUACGCACGGAAUAGGUAACAUUAAUAGCAACGAUGAGCUUCUACUUACUAAAUGCUUUGAACAUGAUUUGACAAUAACCAACACGCAGUUCAGACAGAGAAACAAAUACAAGGGCACUUGGCGCCAACCAAGAUCUGGACACUUGGCACAUCAUUGAUUACAUUAUAGUCAAGAGAAAGCACUUAAAAGAAGUAAUAAUUACAAAAACCGUAACAAACAUUGAGUGCUAGACCGAUCAUCGUCUCGUAAUCUCGUUUUUGAGGACAUAGAAACAUUCUGGGCAGGUCUAAAAGAUUCGCUUUAUGAAUCAAGUGUAUCAGUUGUAGGAGUUCCAGAGAACAAAAAGCAAGAAGAUUGGUUCUUAGAAAAUUUGCAGCAAAUAAAGAGCAUCUUGGACAGUGGCGUAGUGAAGAUGCUCCUGGCCCGUGUUCAAAAAUUUUACCGAAAAAUGAAAGAAAUAUAUAUUUUUCUGAAAUAUACAGGGUGAAC